UUUGAAUCUUUAUCUAGUUAUUUGCUUCAUCUCGUAUAUCAGACAGAAGGGUUUGCAAUGGUAGAUCCUCCUAUCUUCGGCUCCUUUUGCGCUUCCAUGGUCGUUCUGUCCCUGCUGCGCCUUUCAAGUGCAGGUGACACCCUGAGUUCAGUUCAGUCUAUUAAAGAGGGAGAGACAUUAGUUUCCCAGGGCCGAAAAUUUGAGCUUGGCUUCUUCCGUGCUGGAAGCUCAAAGAACACCUUCCUGGGGAUAUGGUUCGCGGUGAGUCCUGAAGCAGUUGUUUGGGUCGCUAACAGGAACAGUCCACUCAACGAUUCAAAUGGUACUCUGAAAAUAAGUAAUGAAGGUGAACUUGUUCUUCUCAACCAAUCAAAGAGCAUCAUUUGGUCAACCAAUUCAACCAAGGUUCUUGGAAACCCAGUUGCACAGCUCCUAGAUUCUGGUAACCUACUCGUUCUUAGGGAAAGCAGCAGUUCAGGUUCUGUUGAUUACUCAUGGCAGAGCUUUGACUACCCAUCAGACACGAUUUUGGUCGGUAUGACCUUAGGAUGGAACCUUAGAACCGGCAUCGAACAUCAUCUGACUUCCUGGAGAAGCACGGAGGAUCCUUCCCCUGGAGACUAUACAUACAGAUACAAAAUCGAUAGGUUACCACCUCAACUUGAAAUGGUGAGCAAGGGUUCUGUCAAAGUAUAUCGUACUGGGCCAUGGGAUGGAGUCAAAUUAGGCGGUCUUUCCUUGGGGGUGAAUCCGUUUAUCAACCCGGUCUUUGUUUACAACGCAACGGAUGCCUAUUUUGCAUUUGAAACCGAAAUCACUGCCAGAUCCAGAUUAAGCCCGGAUGGUGUCAUGCAGUUACAUAUACUGUUGAAUGGAAGCACCAAGUGGUAUCUGACGUACUCGCUCCCUAAUGACCCUUGUGACAACUAUGGACGGUGUGGCGCUAAUGGCAUGUGCAGACUUAACGAAAUCCCAAGAUGCCUCUGCUUGGAGGGUUUUACGCCCAAGUCACGAGAAGAGUGGGACAUGCAUAAUUCAACCGAGGGGUGCAUAAAGAAAAUUCCGUCAAAUUGUUCUCGUGAUGAGGAUUUUAAAAAACUUUCGCAGGUGAAAUUACCUGACCUGGUAGAUUUCGAGCUAUUCAAGAAUAUGAGCCUUGAGGAGUGCAGGAUUGAAUGUCUAAAGGAUUGUUCUUGUACGGCUUAUGCUAAUUCCGAUAUUAGAGGAGCAGGCUGCUUGAUGUGGUUUGGCGAUCUCAUUGAUACUAGGGAAAUUGACGCUGUUGAUAAUGGGCAAUAUCUCUUCCUACGGCUACCUGCUUCCAAAUUAGAUUCAAUCCGCAGUCCAUCCAAGAAACUGUUGACUAUCACAGUGCCUUCAGCCAUUUUAGGAUUGCUUAUAAUGGGCAUGGCGUUGAGCAUAAUCUGGAAGAGAGGAAUGAAAAAACGAGGCUUGCCAAGUGAGAUGGAUGACAUUGACUUGCCAUUAUAUGAUUUUGCUACCGUUGCUGUUGCUACCAACCAUUUUGCUGAAGAGAACAAGCUAGGAGCAGGCGGCUUCGGUUCGGUCUACAAGGGAAGCCUUACCACAGGCCAAGAAGUAGCAGUCAAAAGGCUUUCAAAAUAUUCAGGACAAGGUCUUAAUGAGUUUAUGAAUGAAGUCCUCCUUAUCGCCAGACUUCAGCACCGGAACCUUGUUGGACUUGUUGGCUGCUGCAUUGAGGGAGAAGAAAGAAUGUUAAUUUAUGAAUUUAUGCCAAACAAAAGCUUGGAUUAUUUCAUCUUUGAUCAUGAUAGAAGCUCCUCUUUCGAAUGGAAAAAGCGAUUCGACAUUAUCUCAGGAAUCGCCCGAGGACUUCUCUAUCUCCACCAGGAUUCAAAACUAAAAGUUAUCCACAGAGACCUUAAGACAAGUAACAUUUUGUUAGAUGCCGACAUGAAUCCAAAGAUCUCGGAUUUCGGCCUGGCAAGGAACUUCCAAGGAAAUGAAACAGAGGCAAAGACAAGAAGAAUAGUUGGUACAUAUGGUUACAUGUCCCCAGAGUAUGCCUUUGACGAAAAAUUCUCUGUGAAGUCUGACAUCUUUAGCUUUGGUGUGCUUUUGUUGGAGAUAGUAAGUAGCAAAAGGAAUAGAGGAUUCCAGCAUCCUGAUCAUCAUCACAACCUUCUUGGGCACGCAUGGUUGCUAUGGAGUGAAGGGAGGGCCACGGAACUCAUUGAUGAAUCCUUAUGCGAUUCUGUCGUCGGGUCUCAAGCAGAGAGAUGCAUUCAGGUGGGCUUGUUAUGUGUCCAAAAGUUUCCUGAAGACAGGCCGACGAUGUCUAGCGUUGUUUUCAUGUUAGCAAAUGAAGGAGCAACCUUGCCAUUGCCUAAAGAGCCUGGUUUCUUCCUGGAGAGAAGUUCAGGUAGCUCAGAUGCAUCUAUAGUUAAUGAAGCAUCCUACACAUUCAAUGUUAUCACAGUCACAUUGCCGGUAGGUCGAUAGAAUGCCAUCGAGGAUGUCUCUACAAAUUGUAGACCGGUUUUUUUGUUUCGUGGGUACGAAGGACAAAAGAAGCAUACGAUAGUUUAAAUUUCAAUAAAAAGUUUGUCAAACA